AUGUCCUACGACCGCUAUGUUGCCAUCUGCAAGCCCCUGCACUACGGGAGCCUGCUGGGCAGCAGAGCUUGUGCCCAGAUGGCAGCAGCUGCCUGGGGCAGUGGCUUUCUCAAUGCUGCCCUGCACACAACCAACACAUUUUCCCUGCCCCUCUGCCAAGGCAAUGCAGUGGACCAGUUCUUCUGUGAAAUCCCCCAGAUCCUCAAGCUCUCCUGUUCAGAUGCCUACCUCAGGGAAGUUGGGGCAGUUGUGUUUAAUAUAUCUUUAGUCUUUGGUUGCUUUUUUUUUAUUGUGGUGUCCUAUGUGCAGAUCUUCAGAGCUGUUCUGAGGAUGCCCUUUGAGCAGGGCCAGCACAAAGCCUUUUCGACCUGCCUCCCUCACUUGUCUGUGGUCUCCCUGUUUGUCAGCACUGCCAUAUUUGCCUGCCUGAAGCCCCCCUCCAUCUCCUCCCCAUCUUUAGACCUGAUGGUGGCAGUUCUGUACUCAGUGGUGCCUGCAGUAGUGAACCCCCUCAUCUACAGCAUGAGGAACCAGGAGCUGAAAGCCACACUGAAGAAAAUGAUCCUAGUUGUAAAAUUUACUUAGUAAUGAACUGUCUAUCUCUCUUUUCUAGUUUAACUCAAGUGAAUCUCAGGCAAAUUGUGACUUGUAGGUACAGCAUUUGUCCUGGUUUCAGCUCAGAUAGAGUUAAUUUUCCUCCUGGUAGCUGGUAGGGUGCUAUGUUUUGG